AUGCCUCCAACAAGACAAGUAUACCGCCGCAGCCCCAAAGUCGCAGGCGACGCCACCUCCGGCUCCACCUUAAUCCUCACAGAAGAAGAGCCCAUAACCCUCACAGACCUUCACUCCAUCCUCAUCCGCGUCCACGCCGUCUCGCUCAACUACCGCGACGUCAACAUCAUCCACGGGACAAACCCCUGGGCCGUCAAAGCAGACGGAAUUCCCUGUUCAGACGCCGCCGGCGUCGUAGUGGAGAUCGGAAGUAAAGUGACAGACUUCCAGGUCGGCGACAAAGUCUCGCCGAUUUUCGACCAGCUGGCAAUCAAUGGGACCGAGCAGAGUCGGCAGUGGUUGGGAGGAGAAGUCGAUGGUGUUCUGGCGACGCAUGUGGUGUUUCCCGCGGAGAAGUGUGUCAAGUUCCCGGAGCAUUUGUCGUUCGAGGAGGCGGCGUGUUUGCCGAAUGCUGGUAUAACGGCGUGGAGUGCGUUGAUGGGGACGAGGGGCGAGUUGCAGGUGGGCAAAACGGUGUUGAUCCAAGGAACGGGUGGUGUGAGUAUGAUGGCGGUGAAGAUGGCCAGGGUGGCGGGGUGUAAGGUGAUUUUGACCUCGUCGUCGGAUGAGAAACUGGAACGAGUAAGACGAGAGUGCGAGAAUGAGAGUAGGCCGAAAAUUCAGGUUGUGAAUUACAAGACGAAUGAGAGGUGGGACGAAGAAGUCGUGCGGCUGAAUGGUGGGAGAGGAGUCGAUAUUGCGAUCGAGAAUGGUGGGAAUAGUACGCUGAAACGGACGAUGGGGGCGAUGGCGAAGAAGGGCGUGAUCGGUCAAGUCGGGUAUCUGGGAGGCCAGUCGACGGCUGGGCUGGACGGUAUGCUGUCGACUUUAAUCGACAAGACAAUCACUUUGCAAGGCAUCAACGUCGGUUCGAAGCUGGACCAGGACAAGAUGAAUCAAGCGAUCGCAGCCAACGAGAUGCGGCUCACUGAUGUUAUCGACCGAACAUUUCAGUUCGACGAAGCCAUCGCUGCGAUGGAAUACUUGUGGUCAGGACAGCACGUUGGCAAGGUCGUGAUCCAAGUGAAGCAGUAG